AUGGCAGACCCUGGCAAUCAGCCGAUGGCCCUGAGAGACUUCCCUGGUUCAGGACGGUGCAUCGCUGUGAGCAGCGGAUGGAAAACGACCGACGUGAAGGGUGGUACUGUAAGGUUCGCUCGACAGAGAGCCCUGUUAAUGUCGUGGCAGUUGAAGCACAACCACCCGCAAUGGUCAGUGCCCGAAACAGCGCUGGCGCUGGUCGAUCAUGAAUGGAAGCAAAGGGCUUUCGGAACGUCGCGGGUCACCCAUGAUAGGGAUCACAUUCGCGUCUCGGCGAUGCUUCUGCUAUGGAUAUCUUUGCAAGGUUUGCUGCUGGCCCGGGAUGCUCACGCAGCUUUCUCGACUGGAUGUGCUCAGAUCGGGAAACGGCUCGGCUUGAACCUAACAUACUUUUGGAUGCUGUCAAGGAAGCAUCUCGUGCGCAAAUCUAACGAACGCGACAGCGAGAGGCGUUUUGAGAGUCGCGCGAAUGCGGUGUCUAAGCUGAUCAACCACUUGCUGCCACAAGCCUGCCCCUGUGCCGUUGUUGUGUCUUCAGCAUGGCUAUACAAUAUGUGGAUGCAAAGUCUGGAUAGCACGGCGUACACCAGGAAUGCUUACGAGUACAUCUGGCACACCCUAAACUUGGAGGAAAAGAUUCUUCAGGAAGCCCUGGUGCGCUGCAAUUUCAAUGCUGCCCAUGGGUGGCCGGUGAGAUAUGCUUUACAGCUCUACCGGUACGCAGGCAUCAAGGUGAAACAAAGGAUCGCCGACGUGGAUGCCUUUUAUACUGGCUGGGGGUCUCAAAUAACUAUCACGGAUGACCAGCAUGUUCAGGCACUGGCAGAUGCAUCCGCAAUCUUCGGCCAUCUGAAGCUUGAGUGGUGGCCUUGUCGGGGGACACUCAUUGCCCUGCUACGCCACGGCAAGCGAAGUGGCCUGUUAUCGAACGGGAAAGUUGAUGCUGUCGACCACGAUAUUGAUCUCAUGGUGGCUUUGCCAUCUCUCCAACACUGGCCAAAGAUCCGGGCCUCCAUUCGCCAGAUGUUGCUGGAACGAGGUUGGGAGACCUGUAUUGGCGGGUACUCAUUCAAGACAGAAACUGCAUUGGCAAGGGCCAAUGCCCACGAAGAUAUGCUGAUGUGCACAAAGGGAAAUCCGAGAGUAGACCUCGACAUUGCCACCUACAUCACCGAGGGCUCUGUCCUUUUUGCCCAGAAGUACUGCUUGCCCCAAGGGCUGGGAGCCGACUGCUGGGUCUCUCAUGAUGGCACUUUCCACGGUAGUCGGGGCAAACUUCGCCUCGCUGCUGUCCGACCCCUCGGCCGUUGCAAGGCCGGGACGCUUUCAGUUCCAUGCCCAAGAAAGCCCCUUGAGGUACUAAAAGCUUCCUCACCUCCUUAUGCCAACAUGAGCUGCGUGGCAUUGCCAGAUGUGGCAGACCGGAUCCAGCAUGGCACUUACGCGAGUGAGAGGAACAGCUGGAUAUCUGAAGGUUUGACACUCGAGGAUGUGGACAUUUUGCGUACUCGUGCUGCGGAGCUGGACAGGGCAUCGGACGAAGCGGAUGGCAUGGCUGCGCGCCGCAAGUUCUGCGUGCCGCUUUUCAUCCCCUCCUUACUGCAAGGAAAGAGUACAGCAGUGGUGACACCCAUGCUUCCAAUCUUCAUUCAGGAAGAUCUUGGGGGAAGUGUGGCCGAUGUCGGGCUGGUGGCUUCAACUUAUGCCCUUGCGCAAGUGGCAACUUCGGUACCCAUGGGCUUUGUCCUAGCCCACUUCAACCACAGGCAGUCUUCGAUGGCUGCGCUUGCUGUUUGCGUGCUGACGUCCCUUCUGGCUUGUCAAAGUUCGAGCAUCCUUCAGUUGCUUCUGAUCCGUUUCGCAGCCGGAGCAGCAGCCAACUCCUGGAACCUGGCGCGAAAGGUUUGGAUUGCGGCAGAGGUGCCCAAGCAGGUUCGCGGGCGUAUCACCGGAACGUUGACUGGCAUGAGCCGAUGGGCUGGGCUUCUUGGUGCGCUGUUGGGAGGCGUCGUUGCGGAGAUCAACACUCGAGACAUUUUUCUCGUGCAAGCGGCCUUCUCCUCCUCUGCGCUCGCGGUUCUCCUCGCGUACCAGCAAUGCGAAAAGCGGGAGCUUUCGGAAGACACUGGCCGAAAGUCUGCUCGUGAGAAGCUUGCUCAACAGGCGCCGACGCAUUCCAUCGCGGAAGUUCUUCACGCAUCCUUUUAUGGGCUUUGGACUGCAGGCACCUAUGCGCUGAUGCUGAACGGCUGUCGGCAGACUUGGCUCAUUCUGCUCCCCAUGCAGGGGCGUGAGGCUGGUCUAAGCAAAGCAACCAUUGGUGGCCUCGUGGCGGCUGGCAAGUUUGUAGAUGGACUCGUGGGCAUGACAAUCAGCGGGGAGCUCAUGGACCGCUGGGGACGGCGCAGCGUGGGCGCCCCAGCGAUGAUCAUCAUCUCCCUGGCGUACUGGCUCUCGGCCACGGCUUCGGGAUGCAUCGGCAUCUUCGGUGCCUCGCUACUCUUCGGUUUGGGCAACGGCCUGACCGGUGGGAUUGCCAGCACACUCUCGGCGGAUUUGGCACCCACCUGGGCACGGGCACAGUUUAUGGGCCUCUGGAAAAUGGUAACGUCCAAUGGAAGCCUCCUUUUCCCAAUGCUCUUCGGGCUUCUAGCGAGUCAGCUUCAAUCCUUGGAUAAGGCUACGUACCUACUCCAGCUGUUGGGUGUUGCCGCUGCCUUGUGGCUGUGGUUUCUGGUGCCGGAGACCUGCAGAGACCUUGGAGAUGGCGGAGCCGGAGGAGCUGCUGUCCAGAAAGACGGCAAGGAGAGCCUCCUGAACGAGCUGGACAGGCAAAAGAUCGAUCUGAAUGCUCGAAACUUGGUGAGCCAGGAGCUUUGUGAAAUACAAGCAAGAGCUAGAGAAGAUCUGCAUAGCGCUGUGUCAAGCAAAGACCCAGGGAAGCUACAGACGGCUCUGGAGGCAGCUCAAGGCGUGCUGCUGGAUGUGGAGGUGCAGUGGGGCCAAUGCGAGCUCACCAAAAUAGAUCCAGCAGCUGGAACCACGCACGUGAAGCCGAACAAAGAGACCAGGUUUGUGGAUGUGUCAGACGCCACAGCGGCCCAUCCUUUGAGUGUUCCAGGCAAAAGAGACUGGGACGAUGAAGACACGGAGGUGCUGCAAGAUGUAGUGCCAGCGGUUCGCACGGUGCCGCCGAGCAAGACGGGAAUCAACGGCUGGGUCAGCGAAGGGGAAGGCGCAGUACCCGAAGGUUAUACAGAACCAGUCCGGAAGACCCUUCUUCAGCGUGCUGCAAGCUUUUUCAAUUGCUUCUCGAACGAAGAUGACGAGGACAAACGCAGGAAGAUGAGGAGGGGCACGCUGUACCACGCGCAGGUAGAAGAGCAGGAAGUAAAGCUGGACGAAGAGGUGUACGAUGUGGCCAACUUCUACAAGAAGACCGGUGUGUGGCAAGCAAUGGCCCGCAAUGACAAAUUCGAGCGCUUGACGCUCAUGGUGAUUUGUAUCAACGCCAUUUACAUUGGAGUGGAUGCGGACAACAACAAGGCUUCAACGACCAUAAGCGCAGAAUGGCCGUACCAGGUGUGCGACCAUGCCUUCUGCUUGUUCUUCACGUUCGAACUGGCUGUCCGCUUUGCUGCCUUCGAACGAAAGCGCAACUGCGUGCGCGACUUGUGGUUCAUCUUCGAUAGCGCCCUCGUGAUCCUCAUGGUCUUUGAAACUUGGAUUCUCAGCAUCGUGCUAUUGAUAGUCCAGUCUGCUGACGGGGGUGGUGUUGCAACGGGGCCACUCCGCCUCCUGCGGCUUCUGAGGCUUUCGCGUUUGGUGCGCCUUCUUCGUUCCCUACCGGAGUUGCUGACACUGGUAAAUGGGAUGCGUGCUGCUGCAAGGGCUGUCAUCUCGGCACUCAUGCUCAUCAUUGGUCUGAACUACGUCUUCGCGAUUAUCAUCAACAUGUUUCUGAGAGAUAUCCACUACCCGACGUGCGGCAGUGGAAAUGUAUCUUCGGGAUCGUGUUCCGAAGAAGGGAAUAUGAUGGAGCGCAAGUUCAACACACUUGGCGUGAGCAUGUGGAGUUUGGCGCUCCAUGGCACCUUUAUGGAUGCCAUCUCCGACCUUCUCGAGGACAUGCGUGACUUGGAGAACUUGGAAACAGGUGGCGGUUGGGUGCUGGCCUGGUCUAUGAUCUUCGUUUUCUUCCUGUACGUCCUCCUCACAAACAUUACCGUUAUGAACAUGCUCAUUGGGAUCGUGUGCGAAGUCGUUUCAGAAGUAAAGCUGAGCGAUGAGAAGAACACGGCCGUGGUUUAUUUGAAGAGGAAUCUCAGGAACUUGUUGAUUGAGUUGGAUGAAGACAACAACAAUCAGAUAUCAAAGAGAGAACUACAUGCAGCCUCGAAGCUGCCUCGGGCGCGGGAAGUCUUGAAAGAGCUGGACGUGAACGUGGACAAUCUCAUUGUCUUGACCGAACCACUCUUUGAGCAAGAUGCUGACGCCGGCCGGGAGCAGGAAGUCACGCGAGAAGAGCUCUUGAACGUAAUUCUCGACAUGCGUGGUGAUCGCGAUGUCCGGAUGGAGGACAUCGUCGAGCUUCGCUGUGAUAUCCGCCGCUUCGUCCACAGGCAAACCAACGAGCUUGUCAAGAAGACGGAUGAGAUUGCGGGGCACAUCGAAUCCAUUGAGAGGCUCGCGCUUCGAAGGGCGUGGAAGCCAGCCUACAAUCGGCUUGAGCGGUGCCUUUGGCUCAAGCUGCUGGUGAUUAUGUUUGCCAAGCAAAACUCGGCCACCACUGAGAUUCUGCUAGAACGCGAGGGAAAUCAGGAGUGGGUGAUGACACUGAACUGCUGGCAAGACAAACAUCAGCGAGAGAAGAAUUGCAUGUGGCUGUUUCAAGCCGGCGUCUCAGAAGUCACGACAUGGGACGUGCUGCUUUCACAGUCUCACCCCGUGAACAGAAAAGGCAAAGAUGCAGCGAGACUGCAGACGGCUCUGCAAGCAGCACAAGGCUUGUUGCUGGAUUUGGAGGCCUGGGUGGUGCAGUGCAAGAGGCAGGUCGUGAUGCUUGAAAUCUGCUGGGUGGCUGAGUCACGGAAGGGCUCCGUUUGGUCCCAUUUGGAUGGGGAGGAGGCCAUGGUGAUCCCGUCCGCCGAGCAGCUUGAGCAGCUUUUAGCCGAGGACGAGGAGCGCCAGCGCCGGGAGGAAGCUGAGGCAGCCGCCGAGGAGCAACGGAAAGCUGCAGAAGCCGAAGUCGCUUGGAAGAAGGUGCAAGAUGCGAUCAACGCCGACGACGAGGGGGCAUUGCUAAAAGCACUUGGCGACGUGGAAGGCAAGCUGCCACCGGACCGGGUUGCCGCAGCGAGGCGAAGGAUUCCCGCCAUGCGAGCCCGUGCGGAGAUGCGGAAGGAGCUGUCCGCCGCCAUCCGGAAAUCCGAGCUCGGGGAGGAGACCGUGACGCUGAAGCACGUCAUUGCCACCGCCAAGCGCUCCUGCUUGCCGCAGGCCGAAGUCCUGGAGGCGGAAGCCGUCCUCAAAAGGAUGGAGGCCGAGCAAAGAAGGGCAAAGGCGGAGAAGGCGGCUGCUGCCGCCGGACCGCAGAGCCGGGAGCUGCCGCCAGCGGGCGCAGAUCCGGCGAGAGAGGUCCAGGCUCCGCCGUCGAGCAAUGAGGUCAAGGCACCUGCGACCAAGUUGGAACUAGCCGUUCUCAGCAAGGACAAAGAGCAAAUACAAGAAGCACUCGCAGAGUUGAAAGCCUCAGGAAUGUCAAACCAAGAGCGGAACUAUUUAUACGCAUGUGCACGUGCGAACUUCGGGGGGCGUUGA